GAAAAAUCGAAACAAAUCAGUUUUUUUUAAGGUUUUUCGGGCCUUUUAUAUCUAAAUUGUUUCCCUCCACUUUGUACCACAUCGCAAUAGCUUCAUCACCUCAAAGUUUUAUUUGAUACUAAUUGUUCUGGCCAUGCUUUUCACACUCGUACACUCGUUGUGAAGCACACUGUACUGUAUGCACCUUGGGCAGCAUGUAUUCGUCGGUGACAGCUAUUUGUUUACCAUUGAGGUUCGUGUGAAAUCAUCGAAAGUGGCGCAAACUGCAGAAACAAUAGAAGCAGCAGAAAGAGUGUCCGGUGUCUUUUCUCCUCGCCGUAUUACCGCUUACUCGUGUAAUUACAAUUUGUUCCUGUGAAAAAGAAGGCAUAAUGGCGACGGACAGUACUCUCUACUAUGUGCUACUAUUCAUAGUGAUUGUUUUUCAACGCAUCCCACAAGACGACAUCCCUACCGACCGGCCAUUGGCAUCGGUUUGUCAAUACGAUUGUCGUGUAUUGUGCCCGGAAUGUUUCCCGCUUCCACCGAGGUGUGAUGAGCUCGAUCGUCUAUUUACGCUGCACGGGGGAAGCUUGUUCAAUCGAAUCAACGGUAUGCUCAAUGCUCACACGACUAGGAUAGGAGCGUUUCGAGAACCGACCAAUCAGGCAGUGCUGAAGCAUCUGAAUCGUGAUAGCACAAUGGAAAAGCUACUGCAACAAUUUUGUGAUUCGUACAAACAACCAAAAGCAGAUAGAUGUACAUGGGCCCGAAAUGGUAGCGUAGAGGAAGCGAAACAAUUCCUCCAGCAAUCGAUCCUGGAUGACACACGGAUUGAAGGAUGUAUCUUCUGCCCAACCACUAGCAGCGGGCAAACGUUGCAACGGUUUUUAGCCUUACUGGAUCCGACCGAUAAUGCACUCCGGAAUCUGCUUGCUGUCCGUACAAAUGUCGAGCCGCUCCUGCUCAAACUGUUCGCAACGCACGAUACGUCGUCGUUGUAUGUGCCCAAAUUACUGGACAUGAUCGGAUUUACCGUCAUAGAAAGCUACGAAGGACAAACGCUUGAGCAUUACUACGAUCAGCCGCUUGCGAUCCGCCUGCUGAUUGCUGCGAAGCUGAUCCAAGCGGCAUUCAGCUUUACCGAGGGCAUCCACGGGUUUCGCUUCUACCUAACCGAUAUCAAUCCCGACAACGUGGUCGUAAAGGUGGAUCACGGCAGCAGCAACGUUCGUGUAUCCAUCGUGGAUCUGGAUAAUGUCAUCAUAUUGGACAGUCUGGCUGGUACGUUUUCCUCCCAGCAUGCGUACCACGUGCAUGGCAAAAUCGAGUGCAACGGAUGUUUUGCCUACGUCCAGGAAGAUGUUUGCCGCUAUCGAAGUAGCGAUUUGAAUCUGUUCGCUACGUGUCAGCUACUUUUAGAAAAUCUUAAUGGAAACUAUGCCGCGGGACUACUUCACAGCGGUCACGGUAAAAGUAAAGAUCAAUCAUUAACCGAUCCUUACGAUGAUGCGCCACACAUUCUGCACAACCUUCUCGAGGAGUGCGUCCACUGUCAACCACCGAACUGUCGAAACAGAUCGCUCAUACUGCACGAUAUGCUGGAAAUCAUAGACCGGACGGUGGCGCAGCUGUAAAAUGCUACUUCUUACUCUUGCCUGCAUUGCUAUUGCGCUUCCCACGAAACUGGCGAUCGGUACGUUCGUCUUCCUCCAUGGCCUGCACCUUCUGUAUGUAUUCGCGCAAUUCUUUCAACUCGCACAUAGCCUUCCUGGUAAGAUGGCCUUCCGGUGUGGUUGGGUGCUCAAACACUAGCAUACCGAUCGCUUCCUUUAACGCACCUUCGGCCAGCUGUAAUCGUUCCUGUAACAAAGGGAAAGGAUUUUUGUAAAGAUUAUACUCCGCGAGUAUGGUGCCAAAGUAGAUGAGAAAAACAAGCUUCCCCUUACCAGUAA